GGGUUUCGUCCAAUCGUAUGCUUUCGUUUGAUUUUUAAUCGUGUCGUAACGCAUAAUUCCCAAAACCAGGCUCCGGCACCGCCGAACCGAUUCGCUCUUCUCCGAUUAAAAAUGGAUAAUCGCCAUGCAUCUCUCGGUAGACGAACGCUGGAAGAAAUUCGACAGAAACGAGCUGCUGAGCGAUUGAGCAAGACCGCGUCGGGGCCGGAUCUUGUCCAUGCUCCCGCCGACAUGAUGGCAGUUAAGAAGUCGGAGAGUGCAAGUCGGCUAUCAGAGAUUGAUAUCAGUGGUUUAGUAUCCCAAUUGAAUGAAAUGAAACAAAGGAAUGGUGAGCUCGAAGAAGCAAACGCCAAACUAACGUCAAUGCUUCAUAAGAGAGAAGUGGAAAAUGACACGUUUCAGAGGCGGGUCAAUGAACUGGAGCAGACUACUGUGCCAUCUUUGAGGAAAGCUCUAAAGGAUGUUGCAAUGGAAAAAGAUGCUGCAGUUGUUGCUAGAGAGGAUCUUUUAGCUCAGCUUCGCACACUAAAAAGACGUAUGAAAGAAGCAGAAGAAGAGCAGUACAGAGCUGAGGAGGAUGCAGCUGCACUAAGAGCGGAAUUGAAUCAGCUGCAACAGCAAGCAAUGCAUGAUUCUUCAGGUGGCACCAGUGUCAUGGGAUAUUCAGCUGAUCAAAUGCAAGUCAUGGAAGCAGAAUUAUCUAGUUUGAGAUCCAAGCUGGAGCAAGAAUCUCUGUUGAGACAGCAAGAGCAUCAACAAUUGUUGGAGGAGCAGGCCCGUACGUCUGCCCUUCUUUCUGAGAAGCAUGAUUUGGAAGAGAAACUUGCAUCUGUCUCUAAGGAGCAAUCAGGAGGUAAAACUGAUCAGGGAAAACAUGCACAAUUCACGAUGGAUGACAAGGAGAGACUUGAGGCACAGUUGCAUGAUAUGGCAGUAGCUGUUGAACGGUUGGAAAGUAGCAGGCAGAAACUUUUGUCAGAGAUUGAUAACCAGUCAUCUGAGAUAGAGAGACUGUUUGAAGAAAACUCAAACCUCUCAUCUGCUUACCAAGAAUCUGUUGGGUUGGUUGCUUACUGGGAAAAUCAGGUGAAAGUCUGCCUGGGUCAAAAUGAGGAACUUCGUGGCAUGUUAGAUAAUUUGCGGAAUGAGCGAGCUGCUCUACCAGUUCUUAACAGGAAAGCUUCUGAAUCACUGUAUAAUUCCAACACUGGAGAUAUUGCUUCUCAAUCUCAGGUCUCGGAUGAAUUUCAGUCCCUUAAGAACCAACUAGUGAAAGAACAAAGUAGAGCGGAGGCUCUAUCGGCUGAGGUAAUGCAGCUUUCAGUGCACCUCCAGCAAGCUACACAAGCAUAUAACAGUCUUGCGCGCCUAUAUAAACCUGUCCUGCGGAACAUCGAGAGCAGCCUCGUGAAGAUGAAGCAAGAUGGCUCGGUGAGUGUGCAGUGAAUUUUUUUAGUUUCUUUUACAUUUAUACAUCUACUUGUUCAAGAGCAUUUGUUAUUGUAUCUAUCAACACAAGUGUAGAAAGUGGUCAUACUUAUGGAUUUCAGUCGGGUUUUUUUCUUUUUUUGGGGGGGAAUGGUUACUGUAUUUUUGAGGUGAUAAAUAUUGGACUCAUGUUGUUGGUUAUUGAUUCAUACAUCUUUUGAUGGAUAUUUCAUAUUUAAAUUAUGUAUUAUAGGAUAUAUUGUGAGAAAAAAAUAUAUAUAUAUAUAAAGAAUUAUAUUAUUAUUA